AUGAAGCCAGGCAGUCCCCUUCCGUGGGCUAUGGAGUGUCAAAGGAGCUGGAGAUGGCUCUUUUUAGCUGGGAUUUUCAUUAUGGAAGUAUUUGCCUUGAGAAAGACACAGGCAGUCCACCACAGACAUGAGAUUCAAUUCAUCACAGUGGGUACAGGCCACUCUAUCUUGGAACUAAGCGAAUUUAGCCUCAUAGAUGAUGUUGAAGUGGCAUCUUAUAACAAAGGACAGAAGCAAAUUACUAUCAAGAUACCCUGGAUCUCCAAAGUACUGGGAGUCAAUUAUCUCACACAGGUGCAUGAUUUAUUGGUGAAGCAUGAACCACAUUUCCUCUGGCUACUCCAAUUCUUAGCACAACAUGACAUCAACGAUGAUAGAAACCACACAGCCCAAAACCUGAUAGAAUGUGAAGUGGACAAUAAUAUCACAGUAAAGAGUCACAUUCAUUUAAUUUUGGAUGGGGAGGAAAGUUCCCGGAUAGAUGAAGAGGUUGGGCAUUGGGAGAACAUAAAGCCUGAAGCCAAGCAAUACCAAUACAUUCUGGAGAGUCCCUUCUGGACCAAUCUAAGGAAAAGCUACAUGAAGCUAUAUUGUGUUGACUUGAUGAAGAAAAUCGUUGGGUAUUCAAGCUUAAGGGAUAAUGUGGCCCCAGAGGUGGUCGUAUCUCAACAUGUCAGUCCAGAAGGCAGCAUCAUUCUCUCCUGCAUUGCCACAGGUUUCUACCCUCGCUCCAUCAUCAUGCACUGGGAAAAGAAUGGGAAGCUGGGGAUAUGGGGAAAUGAGAGUUCCAGUGGCACCCUGCCCAAUAUGGAUUCCACCUUCUACCUCAAAGUUACCUUAGAGCUCCCACCAGAGGACUCAGGUGCAGGUUAUAGCUGUGUGGUAGAACACAGUGAGCUGAAGAGUCCUGCUAUAUAUUCAGUCCCUAGAAAGUCCACUAGGAAGAAGCCUUGGAUUCUUGCACUGGGCAUCAUAUUGGCUGUCAUCCUACUGCUGAGCUGUGCUGGUGUCUUCAUCAAAUGGAAGAUAAGGAAGACAGUAUGCAUGCAAGAAUUGAGAAGUGACAGGAAGAUUUUGGAUUGGGAGCACCCACGAAGACAGGAGAUAAUGCUAUCAUAGCAACCUCAAUAACUGACUGUAAAAAAAUGUUUUGAGACGAGAAUCCCAGAAUAUUAGGGUCAAAGUAUUACACAAAGCCUAUGAAAUCCAAACCUCACUUGAUUAAAAAAAAAAAAACUCCUCAAUAUCAUCCUAGCAAUUCACUC